AUGUCGCGGUCGGUCGGCAUCACCGCGGCGCUCGGCGUGCAGCGCCUGCUAGAGCAGGGCUCCGCCUCGUCAGGCCCGGACGCCGAGCCGCUCGCGGGCGUGCUGCGGCCCACGCUCCCUACCAUCUACGAGUACUGCUUGCCGCGGCUCGCCGAGGAGGGGUUCGCUUUCGAGGAAGGCAUCGAGCGCGAGGCGUCGGCGCCCUCGACCGCGGCGACGCCCAUGCCCGCAGGGCGCGGCACGCCAGGCUUCCGCGCAGCGUCCGCCGCGGCCUGA